GCAAAAAGAAUCAAGAAAGAUAUAAACAGCAAAGAGAUAAGAAAUAUUGGAAGCAAGAAUGGCGCAGGAAGAGAAAGAAAGAGAAAGAAGAGAAAGAUAAACAGACAAAAAGGAGACAAGAAGAUAAAAGAGGAGAAAACAAGAAUAAAAUGACAAAGAAAGAGCAAGGAACGAACGAAGACAGGAAAAGGACCAAGAGAGAGAAGUACAACAUGAAGGAGAUAAGGACACGAAGGAGAAAUAGGGACAAGAGAUAG